GAUGGCGACGAUGUGCAACGGUGUGAUGUUUGUUGGGCUCACGUUUUGUCUGUGAUAACUCCGGGGGAUUUUUUUUCUCAUUCAUUAAAUAAAGACCGAUAGACCCCGUUACCUAUACUAAACACCGGUGGUGACUGUUAUCAGUGGCACGUGUGACGCUAAAUUAAUGUUGUCGAGGUGAUCCCGGCUAAAAUAAAUGUUCAGUGGACCCAGAGAGUGUUCUGUGAGUGAGAGUAGCGUUCGGGUUGUUUCUCGGGGGAUAAAAAACCUCGGAAAUUUUUUUAUUUCAACUGUCGUUGGUUAACUGGCGAUUUUUCCUGGGCAUAACUACGAUUGUUGGGCCGGUUUAUCGUGCUCUGGUGUGAUUAAUGAGAAAUCAUGAACACGAUCGGUGGAUUUAUAGCGCAGAGAGGUGUGCAGUCUUCAUAGGUAGGAAGACGCCUCUCGGUGAAACGACAAGUAAUACGCGUGCCAACUGGUGCCAAACACGCUUAUACUUGAGGAGAGACAUCGCCCUUGCCGUCGGACAGAUUUGGACUAGCCAUGUCCACUAGGAAGCGAAGGGGAUUAAAAUCUAGUAUAAAAGUACAUAUAGUAAUUAAUAGCUAUGACAGAUAGGAUGAGUGGAAGUCGGAGGAGUGAAGCACGUUGCUUCAAUGAGAACUCUCCAAGGCCUCCAGUGCCCGGAGAAGAAACGGGAGGAUACAAUAUUGGAAGAAUACCUCCCCAGAGUCCUGCUCUAACACCUAGACGCUCGUUACUGGGUCGCACGUCCAGUGGUACCUGCGAUGCUUCAGCGCCGAUGGGAUUCGAACCCGAGGGCUGUUGCGACUCGUCAAUUAUGGAGAGCAAUUCACCACCCGCUUGUCUCAGAUGGGCAACGAAUCUCAAUUCGUUGCUGCAGGACAGGGAGGGACUGCAGUUGUUUAGGAAGUAUUUGGAACAGGAGGGCACGUCACACGCCAAUCCACUCGAUUUUUAUUUCGCCUGCGAGGGACUCAAUCAGGAGCAUGAUAAGGAUAAAGUCCAUCAGUUGAUUAAGGCUAUUAAUAGACGAUUUCUUCAAAAGACACAAUUGGCCAUCCCCGAGCACAUACGAAAAGAGGCGAGUCGUCGUGUGAAGGAGGGAAGAGCUGACAAAACAGUAUUCGAUGCUGUGCAGCACGAGGUCGAGCGUGUUAUCAAGGAGACAAUUUAUCCAAAUUUUCUGAGUUCUGAAAUUUAUUUGGGAUAUGUAUCUGCAUGUCAAAAUGCCGAUUCAGCUGGAUGUCCAAGCUCCAGCUCGAGUCGGGAGAUGUCGUUAUCGUGUGGUCCAGCUUUACUGCCAACGCUGCAUGAGGAUGCUGAAUUUUUCGCUGGACAUUAUUCCCAUUCGGCGUGUGAAACACCGGGUGAAUUAAGACUGACUAGGGAUGUCCUUAUGAGGACACAACAGACAAGAGCUAUGGAUCUGAGGCCUAAAACUGAGGCACUUGCUGGAAUGUACUUGCACCCUACGACUAGUCCAUACCAUAUGCGUUCCCGAGCACCCCUACAGUAUUCGUCAUACAAUCCAGUAUCGAGACAGGACUCGGAGCUGCAGAGCUUGAGCAGUGAUGCCAGAACUGAGUCUGACAAUUUGUCACUGACUGAUAACUCAGUAGAUGGAAUGUCAAUAGGACGAUCGAGAGGCCUGAAGAAGUCGUACGGACGUGAGUCAAAAUCAUUGAGAACCAUGGGGCCCAUCCACAGCGAUCCGACCCUCUACACAGUAAUACCGAGGACUCAGCGUGUAACAAAAGACAUAUGUGUACCAACGGAUCCAGCUGUACUGGGACCAAUUCUCAUUCAGAAGCUAGAGGCAGUGAGACGUGAGCAGGAGAACGAGGAGAAGCUGAACAGACAUCUCCAAGAGGCUGACUCAAUGUGCAUGAACUCCAUGGAGGGGCCCCCAUCCAAUGCCCUGGCUGAUGCACUCCGUGAGAAGCUCCAGAUUGAGGAUGACGAUCAGGCCAUUCUCGAUCAGCACGUGUCACGCGUCUGGUCGGAUCCCACGCCCUCGAGAUCACCGAGGUUCGAGUCACCCAGGGGACAUUCGCCUGAACGAUGUAAAAGAAAUGUAUCAAUGCACAAUUAUUCACGAUCCUACAAGCAACGGAAGGAGAAGGAUGUGUUUUCAACGUUUUCUGCUGAUAGCGGAAAUAUUCAUGACUUCCCAGAGGGCAGUGAUUUGGCUACUGUGGGCUCUUUUAGCUCAUUGGGGUCGCAUAUUCCAAAGUCCAAGUCUGUUCCUUCAGAGUAUGCUGAUUCUUUGCAUAAAGCUGAACUUUAUUAUCAAGGUCACGACCAAAGAUUCAGGAGAGCAGACAUGUCCAGGAGAUCAGCGACCAAGAAGUCCAUGACAGAAUUGACCGACAGUGGUGUGAGUGUAGUUAGUGAUGUACCCCCAGUGCCACCAAGCAAGGAGCAUCGUCUCCACGCAUGGUUGAAUCAAAGUGAUAAGAAGGGCGAUGGCAAGCACUAUCGACAUCCGAAGAAGUACGGCUCGAGGAGUGGUUCGCUGGAGAGAGCUGGUCGGGAGUCCUGGGGAGUUCCUUCGCAGCCGUUUGUCACUGAUCCGGGAAUGCCACCCCUUCCACCGCCCAAUACUGCCAUGCAACUGGAGGAAGCCAGACGACGACUGAUGGAGGAAGACCGAGCACGUGGUGGUGCAGGAAGUAUUGUUGCUGGAUCAAGCUCUGGUGCUACUAGUAGAAGAUACCCUGCAGCUCCCUCCAACACGUCCACCUUGCGCAAAAAGCAAGACACGGGUGAUUUUACAACCGCAAUAUUCUCGUUCUGCGAUGAGAAUGUACCCUACAGAAUAAAAAUCCCAGGGCACAAUGUGACUUUGAAGCAGUUCAAAGAGUAUCUUCCGAAGAGAGGCAGCUAUAGGUAUUUCUUCACAACUGAAUGUGAAGAUGUCGAUACCAAAAUCAUCCAGGAAGAAAUCACCGAUGACACGGAAGUAUUGCCUCUGUGGGAGGGCAAAAUAAAAGCCCAAGUCAAGGCCCUCGAAUAAAUAUUCACCUCUCGUCCAUAAAAAGCAGAAUGAAAAAAAUGCAAACCAUUAUUUAUUAUCAAACUGUACAGUAUACAUACAUAUACAUAUAUUUUUUUGUUCACAAUUUCAUAGUGAUUUUGAAUGAAGGAUUGCCAACGACUCUUGUCGUUAAUAUCUCUCAUUUGAAUCUCUUCAUUUCAUUAAUUUUCUUAAUCAUAAACAUUUGAGAAAUGAUUUUUAGAAAUUCAUCGAGCCAAGUAGGUUUACAACAUACUUUAACUCAUUUUUAUCAAUCGGAGGCUUCCCACAGUCUUUGUUUAUUUCCGGCCGAAUGUACAAAAUGAGCGCGAAGUAGAAUUCUCGCCUUUAUAAGGCACUAGAACUUCAAAUAGGGCAGUUAGUUGGUAAUUUUUUUUUAGUAAAUAAGAUUGAAGUGAAUAUUACGUAUAUCAUACUGUAUAUUUAUCACAAAACUAUUAUACAUCGAUAUACCUGUUGUAUACGUAAUAUUCAGUGACUAAAAUUGCAUCGAUUGAGACAAGGGAGGAAUGGGUUUUAUGAAAAUGACGUGCCACAGAGGAAAAAAGAAAAAUCAUGAGAGAAAAUUUUAUGAGUACAGAAUGCGAAGAUAAUUUUCAAAAAAUUAUAGUUAGAUGAAAAGAAUGAGUUAUGGUGAUUGUGGAUAGGCAGCCUGAGGGGGGAGAUAACCGAAAAUUAUAUCAUGAUCAUUGGGAUCGUGGAGAUUUUUUUCGGGAGGCUAAAUACAGUGCCUUUUAGAAUAAGAAUUGAAUUAAGACUUAGUAAGGAUUAAGGAUACAACUGGCAAAAAAUAAAUACACGAAAAUUUUGAAAUUUGACUAAUUCAGGGAAUUCGACAGUCUGUGUAACAAUUUUAUUGGUUUUUUAAUGUGAAUUUAUUAGCACCAUUGCUGCAUAUCGUUUUGAAAAUGUUUCAAGUACAUUUGAAACUACACUGGUGCAAUUAUUUUCGAGAUUCAUUCAUGUUUAUUGUAUUCAAUGUACAAUAGAGUUUUAUUGCAUUUUAUUAUUGCAUUAUGAGGCUGUUUGAUUUACGAUGAUUAACAGCGAAAGUUAACAGUCAAUUUGUCGAUGAUCCCCAACGUUAGAUAUUACAUAAACAAAUGGCCUAAGUGAGCCUAGGCCUCCGUCAGUAUCCUGAGAUAUUCAUUACAGUCUCUAUUUCUUCGAGCUUCCAAUUUGUUUCAUUGUUUAUAAUGAUAUCAGCAUUAAUGUUCUUUCCAGUUUAGGAGAUGAAUUAAACAGGCAAAAUCUUCUAUGUCAAAUUUUUAAUCUGAUGAUUAUUUAUAAUGAGUUUUAUCGUAAAUCAUGUUUUUUACUCAUUGAUUAAUGAUAAAGCAUUGUUCAAGUGUUCCUGUAUCUCACAGAUCAAUUGAUUUUUUAAAUAAUGAAACGAGAUAUUUCGAUACAUUUAACUAUUAUUUUUUAUUAUUAAUAAUAUCUCGAUUAUUAAUUAUUGUAUAGAUGAUGGAAGGGGGAGAGAAACAAUUGUCAAAACAAAAUGAUGAUGAAAUAAUAAUGAUGCAGCGAUUUUCACCACAUUUA